UAAAAAAAAAAUAAUUGAAAGUCGUAAAGUAAACUUUAAGUUUUUAUAAACCACGAUGCUUCUUUAAUAGGUAGCUCCUUUUGUUCUUACAACGUAGAAAAAGAAACGUAUCGCUUUAAUAGAGAUAAUUAAAAAUAUUCAAAUUGCUUUCUGGUAUUUGGGUUCAUUAUAAAUAUAAAUAAUAUUAUGUAGGAUUACGUAAAUAUUACAUUUUGAGUUAAAUUUUCAAAACUACAUCGGAGUAUGUUUGAUGUUUAUAUCGUAAAAAAAAUUGGACGCAUCAAAUAUUAUUACUUUACAAAUACAAUAGAUAAUAUUUUCAUUAGUUUAUAUACUAAAAAAAAGUGGAAAGAAAAGAAAGAUUAGAAUUGUAGACAUGCAUGUAGAAUGUAUAUAAUACAAAAUUCAUACAAUAAACUAUUUCUUUUCAAAUAUAUAAUUUUAUCCUAAUUUUUUACGAUAACACACUCAAUAACAGAACUAUAUAAAAAACGUUACUUAAAUAAUAAAAUAUUGAUACAUUAUGUCGGUAUAAAUUAUACUCAUUAAUGAAUGUUAAUUUACUUAUUACGUAUUCUAUAUGAUAUCGUUUAAGUAUUAACAGAUGUUCCUGCAAAACACAGAAUUUAUACAAACUAUUUUUUCUCUGAUAAAAUAGAUAAAAAGCAAAUAAAACAAAUGAUAGAUAAAUUAGUAUGCGGGUACGUAUACUCCUUGAUUUGAAAGUAAUGAUAAAAGUGAAUUUAUUCGAUAAUAAAAAUUUUAUAUAGAUAUGAAAAACAAAAGUAAUAAAAAUAUAAUUAAUAAAAAUAUCGAUAAUAAAGAUAAUAUAAAUAUAAAUAUAUAUUACAAUACAGCAAACUUAUAAGAUUUACAUUGAUUUGGAUUAUUUGAAAAAAUACUAUAUUCGAUAUAGACAAUCUUUUUUUAUAUAAUUUAUUCUUCCGUAUUAGAAUUUGAAUUGACGUUAACCAUUUCAAUAACUUAAAAUCUUUGAUUGCCUAGAAUAUUGAAAGUACAACAAUUAUUUGUAUAUUAAUGAUAAUAAUAUUGAUAAAAAAAUAGAGAAUAUAAAAAAUAGAAACUAGUUAUGAAUACUUGUGAUCCUUGAUUUACAUUAUCGUUAUUAGGUCAAUAAGAUAUGUGCACAUAGUAAACCAGUGUAAUGUUAUAAAAAAAAUUCUUUGGUUCUAAUCCCCACUGUGAUAAGUUCACUUUCACAGAAUGAUUUAAAAACGAUAGCGGAGAUCUUGGUGAUAUCCACAAUAUUUAUAGGCUCCUUCGUCAUAUUUUUGUCUUCAGUCUGCCGUUUUGUCCGCCGAAGUAAACUACUAAAUUAGAAUAUAUGGAAAACUAUACUAAUAAAUAUCAUAUUCUAAAUUAAUUGAUUUAUUGUUGAGGGUAAAGAAUGUCUUGAUACAUCGAUAAAUAGUGAAAAUUGUGAGUCUUUUCUAAAGAAAACCUUUUGGAAAUGCAAUGUUGUGUUAUAAUUUUUAAGAAAUCGUUAUAACAAAAAGCCAACGUAUUACUGGUGAGUAUUCUAUUUCAAAAGGAAAAGCACAUAGUAUAAUCUAUUAUACUAAAUAACAUCGAUUGUCAUUUUAACUAUAAAAAAAAAUCACACAAAAUUAUUGACGUCCUGAAAUUAAAUGCCGUUUACGAGCUCUAACUUCGAACUUACAAACUAGAUACCAUGAAAUUCAAAUAUUUAUGCAUAUUCCAUUCUAAAUUUUAUUUUAUUUCUCUUCUGCACGUUUUCGCUCAUACAAUCUGAAAAAUAUCCUUAUAGUUAUAUUUUUUUGAUUUUUUCCAAAUUCAUUACAAAUAUAUCGAAUAAAUUCAUCAAGAAAAAUUAUACGUUUGAAUGCGCCUAUAAUGAAAAAAAAAAGAAACAUUUUUUAAACAAUUACAAAAAAUUACAAAAACAAGUACAAAAAUUGUUAAAAUAUAUGGAAAUGUUUUAUACAAAUAAAGAAUGUUUUAUAUUUGCUUAGCGUUUGCAAUAUAUCAAGUAAUAUAUCAAUGGGUGUUCGUUUUUCUUUUUGUUUUCAAAUUCCCAAUAGAAUUUGCAACAAAGAAUCUAGCUGAUUUCAUUUUGUUAGCAUAUUUUACGCCAAUUACAUUUACUACAUAUAAAGAAUAAAUUUAAUUACGUGUAGACAUAGUCAACAUAUUGAACAAAAGGUCCGUGAAAUUUAUAGAAUAUUUUAUUGGUGAUAUUAAUAAUCCUUCAUGGUAUAAUCAAUAUUAAAAUACUCUGCAAUAUACAAUAAGAUAUAUUCUAUAUUCUCAUGUAAUUUCACUUCUCAAUAUUUUCUCAAUUAAAACCAUUUAACAAUUAUUUUUGUUAAAUGAUUUUAAUAUUUCUGCCUUGGUUUUUAUAUAAAGUUUAUACGUAUUAUACAAACUUAUAUAUACCGAAAUAUGUCGUUUUGAUCAUAAAAUAAUAGAUAAACAUUUUAUUUCAUUAGGAUUUUGGAAGUUUUUCAUAAAAUUUUCAUAUAAUUUAAAGUAUAUUUUUAGAAAACACGAUAUAUUUCAAAACUUGACGUAAUAUUCUUAGGUUUGGUUCUUUUGAUAAGAAAAUUAAAAAUAUUAAUGACAAACAGACAAAUUUCUUUGGAUAUCAUAAAUGUAAAAGAAGAUCAUUCAUGGGAAAUAGCAAAACACAUUACAAAUGAGGAAUUGAAAGAACAGGCAUAGAAAAACCAUUUGGUUAGAUUGAGAAAGUUAGAUAUACCGAAGGUAGAUUUUACAAGUACUUGGAAUUAUUUUAAAUUUAAUAAUAUUUAGAUUUAAAAUUUAAAGACUUAGAAAAAAUUAAAAAUAUAGAGUCUUCUUAAUUUAGUUAGCUGAUGAACUUCUCAAUAAAUAAAAAGCUUUAAUAAGACGAUUCUUAAAUGAAACAGAACUAAUGCUUUCUGUAGAUUAGCAACGAAACAUAAAGAUACGUAUUUCGCUAGAACGAAAACGAUAUCAAAUAGAUUAUUGCACAAAAUAAUAUGACCAUAGAAUAAUUUUCGCGUUAAUGAUAUACAUAAAAAAAUUCCUAUUUUCAUACUAAAGAAAACUGUAUCUCUAGUUAUUUUGAAAAUUCAUACAUGCAUUUACAAUUAUCAAUUGUCGAAUAAAUAAGACGGAAAAAUAUACAAAAAUGAAUAUAUCUUCUGAAUGGUUUCAUCUUUUUAUUAACAUUUCGAUCCUCCAAUAAAAAUAAGUAUAUGUAAGACAAUAGAUCUGAUAAUGUUAAUACAUCAGUCCACAGUCUUAAGUACUAAUUUACUAAUCCUAUAAGUAACUUAACUUUCUUUCUGAUUCUUAUCCCUCUAACUUUUACAAAACAAUUUAAAAUUUAUCAAUUAACGUGAUUUUCUUUCUAACUCUUACAAAAGAAUGACUUAUCUUAAUGUUCCUUUGAAAUCUUACAAAAUAAUGCGACAUGAUAAUCUAAUGACAUAGUACACACAUCAUUUAAAUAUUUCCAUCAGUUAAUAAUCAACAUAUGUAAUACAUCAUUCCAGUUAGUGAUUACAAAGCAAUAAUUAUUAUUUCUAAUUUAUAAAUUUUAAAAAAUAAUCAUAUUUUUCGGUUUUAUUUUAUUACUUGCAAAUAAUGAUAAAAGGUAUAGCUUCAUUACCAGAUACCUACUGAGUAAUGUAACAUUUACAUUUUAUUUAUUUGAUUAAAUCAGACAAUGAUAUCUGUUUAUGACUGAUACAAAAUUUAAUCCUUUGAAUUUUUAAAAUCCGGAGAAAUCAAAAUUAAAAAAACGACGCAUAUUACUUUGAACGUUUUGGACAACGUGAAAAGUAAAAUGCGUAUAAAAAAAAAAUAGUAUUUCACUUAGAAAAUAUUACUUGAUACCUUAAAUCCACAAGUUUCAUAAUUUUUCCAAUUUCUGUGUUUCAAAUUUUAUUUUGUCGACUGGUUACAGAUCCAUUACAGUAUCCUACGAAGAGUACAGUUACUAUCGAAAAAAAAAAAAAAAAACAAAGCAAUGAGAACGACGUCAUUAAAUAUAUUAACAAAAUGUUAACUCAAAUAUUCAAAUAAUGUUAAAAAAUGAUCAAAUAUAAUCGAGAACAAAAAUAAUUCGAAAAACCAAUAAAAUUAUUGAUUAAGGUAAAAAUCCUGUUUGUGAGAUUACUCCAGUUUCGAAUUGAUAUAAGUGAAAAACGACAAACCAUUAAAAGGUGUAUAAAGCUUUAUUACAAGUUAUUGACUCAGAAGAAUUACUGCAUCUCUGUUUUCCUACAAUUGAAGAAAAAACAAGCUUACUAAAAGUCAAGAUUAAUGAUGACGAACCUUGCGGCAACUGCAGCAUCCGCGAUACAAACGAAUAUAUUAGAGCUCGGUAUUGGAAAACUGAGUUUCAUACCGAUUAUAAUAUCUGCCUUAACUUACUUCAAUUAUUAUCUAAUGGAUCCCGAAAAUCAACCACGAGUCACAAAAAAUCUAUUAAAGGAAUACGAUUUCGUAGUGGUCGGUGGUGGUUCAGCUGGUAGCGUUGUUGUUAACAGAUUAACAGAGAAUCCAGAAUGGAGUGUACUUCUUUUAGAAGCGGGAGGUCACGAAACCGAGAUUACGGACGUACCGAUUUUGUCUCUCUAUUUACACAAAAGCAAAUUGGAUUGGAAGUAUAGAGCUCAACCACAAGAUAGUGCUUGCCAAGCGAUGAAUGAUCAACGUAGUUGUUGGACCCGAGGGAAGGUAUUAGGAGGUUCAAGCGUACUUAAUACCAUGUUGUAUAUUCGAGGAAAUCGUCGUGACUUUGAUCAAUGGGAAAGCUUUGGUAAUCCUGGUUGGGGAUACGACGAUGUACUCCCAUAUUUUAAAAAGUCACAGGACCAAAGAAACCCAUAUUUAGCGCGGAACACCAAAUACCAUAGCACAGGCGGUUAUUUAACUAUUCAAGACUCUCCUUAUAAUACGCCUCUGGGUCCAGCCUAUCUUCAAGCUGCAGAAGAAAUGGGUUAUAACAUCGUGGAUGUAAAUGGCCAACAACAAACAGGCUUCGCAUUCUUUCAAUAUACAAUGCGCAGGGGCGCUAGGUGUAGUGCAGCCAAGGCAUUCGUACGUCCCAUCAAAUUUCGAAAGAAUUUUCAUCUAUCGUUAUGGAGCCAUGUUACGCGUAUUCUCAUAGAUCCAAGUACCAAAAGAGCAUACGGUGUAGAAUUUAUUAGGAAUGGUCGUGUUGAGACGGUAUUUGCGAAGAAAGAAGUUAUACUUUCGGCAGGUGCUAUAAACACUCCUCAAUUAUUGAUGCUGUCUGGAAUCGGUGCUAAGAAUCACCUCGAAGAUCUCGGUAUUCCAGUGAUUCAAGAUUCACCUGGCGUUGGUCAGAAUCUUCAAGAUCAUAUAGCCGUUGGUGGUCUAACAUUCCUCAUCGAUCACAAGAUCACUUUGGUAUUAACUCGUUUGCUAAACAUAAACGCAGCAUUGAAAUAUGCAGUUACUGAGAACGGCCCUCUAACUUCGAGUAUUGGUCUCGAAGUAGUGGGAUUUAUAUCCACCAAAUAUGCUAAUCAGACGGAUGAUUGGCCUGAUAUAGAAUUCCUAAUUACCUCCGCCACUAUAAAUAACUCAGGUAAAUUAUCAAAAAAUUCUUUUUGCUUAAAGGACAAUUUUUACGAUGAAGCCUAUGGAGAGAUUACUAAUCGUGAAAGUUUUCAUAUCAUUCCUAUGAUUCUAAGACCUAAAUCUUUAGGUUAUAUACAUUUAAAGUCAAAAGAUCCACACGAUUAUCCGUUGAUAUAUCAUAACUAUCUAACGGAUCGUAAUGAUGUGAAUGUUUUGCGAGAAGGAGUCAAAGCAGCAAUUGCAUUUACUGAAACGAGUAGCCUAAAAAGAUUAGGAACAAGAUUUCACAGUAAGCCAUUGCCAAAUUGUAAACAUCUUCCAAUGUUCACGGAUGAAUAUUGGGAAUGUGCAAUUCGCCAAUUCACAAUGACAAUUUAUCACAUGAGCUGUACUGCGAAAAUGGGUCCACGAUCCGAUCCAAUGGCGGUCGUAGAUCCCUCUUUAAAAGUAUAUGGAGUAGAAGGACUUCGAGUGAUCGAUGCUUCGAUCAUGCCUACGAUCACUAGUGGAAAUAUCAAUGCACCUGUGAUAAUGAUUGGUGAAAAAGGUUCGGAUCUCAUAAAGAAGGAUUGGAUGUCUAGACGAAAGAGAAGCAAUGAGACUAUCUCAGGUUCUUUCAAUCAAUAUUAGAUAUUUUGGAUAGUUCAUCGAAUGAAAGUAAAUUAAAUAUUUUUAUUAUUGCGUCAUAUAAAAUAAUUACGAGAAUAGGUAGAAAGCUUUAAUGAGUUGCUUUUUAAGGCUUAUGUUUCCUAUUUGUUUUUCUGUUGUAAGAAUGAUCUUUUAUAGAAUUAAUAUGUGCUUAAUCAAAAUCUAGUUAUAUCAUUUAUCUAUCAUAACCAAAUUAACUGUAAAUUGUUAGAGAUGAUUUAUAUUUUUAAAAACUCCAUAAUCGAAUUUGUUUACAUGUUAUCCAUUUGGAGUUAACAUUCAUUACAUCUUGGGAUUUUACAACGAAAAACUGUAGUUGGUCCUCUUACUUUUUUUUUCUUUUUUCUUGUUUUGUAAUUUUUUACCUAUAGAAUGUAAGAUAGCAUGUUCUUCCUUUUACAUCCUUAUCAUUCUUGACAUAAACAAGAAGCAAUUUCUGUUUUAUAAUCUUGGUGACUAUACAUUAUAUAAUAGCCAAUCUCUCCUUAUAUAAAUGCCAAGCAUGUAUUAUUUUUAAAUUCAAUAAUAGAUGCCAAUAUCAAUGAUAUCAUCUUUUUGAAUGAAUUUUUAUCCGGUACAAUGCAAUUAAUCAGUCGACUAAGUUUACCUCACCCGUGAAUUUAUUCUAUAACGCUACUAUAUUUGGGCUUUCAAGAUCAAUACUUUUCUAAGUCUUUUUGUCCCAUCUCUUCAAUGUACUUGUUAGCUGUGCUCCAUAAUAUAUAUUUAUUACAGUCACACCAUCUAUAUUUAUGCAGUAUUCUUUUUAACUGUUUUUUUUUUCGCUAUUUCAUCAGAA